CGGACGGACGGCGGCCUCAGUUGAUUGACGCUGCCGCCCUUCAGCGCCACCGUCGCCUCCUUUUAUUUAAACGCCGUCCGGGCCGUCGGAGCAAGUCAAAAUCAUCCGCAUCGAGAGUCGGACACAUCGACGACCGACGACGCGCUCCGCUCGUUUUUUUCUUUUACACGCAUGCCAUCUUGUCUGUUGGCUGCUGUUGCUGCUCCACCGCCAUCUUGAGAUCUCUAUCGUAUUUUCUCUUUUAGACCAAAACACACACAAAAAAAAGGAAAAAUCACUUUAUACAAAGGCGAGAUGCAGGUCAAAAGUCUAACAAUCUGGUGGAUAAUGCUCCUGGUUGGCGGCAGCUACAUGGCGUCUGGAACGGUGGCAGCGCAUCGAGCACGCCACGGCGGCUGCAACUUCCGCAUCGUCCGCGACAUUAUGCGCCGGGCGUGCGCUUACCAUUCGUCAGAGAAUUCGCAACUGCUGGGACUCGACGAUCUCCACCCGUCCGUCAAACGGAUGUCGUCUAACAUCCUGGACGAAGUGGUCGACCACCACCAUCACGACCACCAAUCAGGUGGUAGAGUCAAGAAGGAAAUCGAGUUACUCUACAUCCGACGCAUUCUCAAAGAGUGUUGUCCCAACGAAGGCUGCCCGCCUCUAUCCAAAUUUUGCCGCUAAGAAAAAAGAAAAAUCCACAUCACAGGUCGAAGGAGAAAGAUUUCGUCCACUGUAUAUCUAGCAGCGUCGUUGUUGAUUUUCCAUUAAAAAACGCCAACACACCAAGAAAAACACGCACACAACAAAGAAGAAAACACACCACACACACACACACACACACACAGUACACGCAAGUUACUCUUUUGCCAACGUGAGUCCGGAAGAAAAACUACAAGCCGUCGUGAAGAUAAAUUCUUACCACAACAAAAAAAAAAAAAAAAAAAAAAGAAAAAAAAAAAAGGAAGUUGUACAGAUCUACCAUUACUACGGCUACGAAAAAUUGUCAGAAGAGUCGACUCAAAAGGUAGAAACAAUUUCAAAGGAAAAUUGAGAAACGUGAAACAAAACAAAAUCCUUUGCCAAACACGCUCCCUCCUGGUUAGUGUAUGUGUUGCCCAAUCUUGUUCAAAUCUCUCUAUUUAUUCCUACCUGUCUGAAAAAAAACAAACAAAAAAAACAAAAAUCUUAAACUAAAAAAAAAAUAUGCUAAUGUAUGUAUUGUGACCAAAGUUGAUGUUCUCAACUCGAACGGUUUUAAUUAUUUUUCUUCGUUACAGUCGACCCGCGGACGAUUGAAUUUUUUCUCAUGUAAACAAUUUCAAUUGAUGUCGUAAUAAAAACCUUGUGAUGAACAAA